CGAAGAUCACAUCCGGUCGGUCACGGACGCGCAACAUGCUCUGCUGUGGCCGCAGAAAGGAUAAUGGGCGCGAGGCUUUGGAUCUCACAGCCUCUCCCCUGCGAGCACCACCUGCUCCCAACUCAAGAACCGCCCAUCCGCCGCCCAUGGUCAUACAGGGGGACUUUAGAAAGGUGUCUGGAAUUAGUAGUGAAAUUUUCAAGCAGAUAGAAACAGUAGAAAAUGACCACGAUGCAUCAACUGCGGCCGCCUUGGAGCACGUGGAGCGCCGCGGCGAGAUGAUCGUGCGGCUGGUGGACGGGCGGCAGUUGGCGGGCCGCGCGGCCGGCGAGGCAGCGAAGCGGUUCGCCGCCAUGCAGGACGGAAAACACUCGGUGCAGUUCGUGGAGAUCGUGAAGCGGCCCGGGCAGACCCUCGGGCUGUACAUCCGAGAGGGAAACGGGGCGGACAGGGCGGACGGCGUGUUCGUGUCGAGGAUAGCGCUGGAGUCGGCGGUUUACAACAGCGGGUGUCUCAAGGUGGGCGACGAGAUUCUCGCCGUCAACCUGGUGGACGUCACGCGCAUGAGCCUCGACGACGUCGUCAUCAUCAUGUCGAUCCCGCGCCGGCUGGUGCUGGCCACGCGGCAGCGCAAGGGCGGCAAGGGCGGCGCGCAGGGGUCGCCGAGCGCCCAGCCCAGGGCAGAACGCAAGGCGCCGCCCGUCGUCGUCAUCAAGCGCGAGCUCAGGGAGGAGGAGGGGGACGAGGGGGACAUGGGCAGCGACCACAGAGAAAACAUGAGACAGCGCCACACGGGCGACGGCCGCGAGACCUCCGACUCCCGCUCGCGCCUCGCCCUCGGCCUGCCCGCCCUGCCGCCCCAUCCGCCGCCCGCUGCCCAACCCGCCGACGCCAACCUCGACCUCUACUACAACAGCCGGCCGCCCGACGUCGGAUGGGGCUACCAGCCGCCGCCGCCCGUCGUCACGGAGCAGCCCAAGGGGGGCGGGCCACCCUUCCGGCCGUACGAGCGCGGCUACCCGAGCCACCCGAAUAACACGCUCGAGAGCCUGGCGGAGAAGGUGCACUCGUUCGGGAUGGGCAGGAGGAUGUCGGCGGGCGGGCAGCCUAUGACGUCCAGGAUAUCAUCACAACAGAGUCCUUCAUCUCACUAUUAUGUUCAACAUUCUGGUACUGGGAGUCGUCGUAUCAUGCCCAGAUCCGGCUCCGAUCAACAUUUGCCACAGACAGAGUACUCGGAUUAUACCAGCAUCACCCAGGCAGGAAGGCACAGCUUGCUGCGCAGCAGUCUCAAGUCUGGAUCUACUAUGAGCAGGUAUAACCAACGAUUCGUGGAUCAAGCAGCUGUAGCGGCCCAAAUUGCUCAAUCCAAAUACGGUACCACUGGUUCUCAGUACAGUACCUCUGGUACAAUGAGAAGAAAUAGAGGCAGCUUGGAUUAUUCCAGCGACACAGAGGCUACCAGUGGAUCUAGAAGCGGCUAUUACUAUUACAGGAAUCAGGGAACAACAGCGGUUCCGCACAGUACAAUACCGACAUUGGGAAGGCAGAACUCCAUGACAGCAACUGAUAUCACCACGAAGUUCAACUCUCUGCCCCGAGAUACUAGGGGAUCAACAAGAUUGCCGAUGAAUAAAAGAUUCGGGGAUAGGAGCGUGAGUCUGCUGCAAGACGAAUCGGACGGAGCACUUUCCGCACCUGAAAUGCCCUCGAUACGCAGGGAGCGAGAUGAGUACAGGCAAUGGCUGAGCCGAACGCCAUCUACGUCUGCUAUCUACGAACAAAUACGUGCGUCCAGAGACGUACUGAACCAACAAAGAGCCGCUAGGUUCACAUACAGUGCUGAAAACAUCCACGACGCAUUGAAAAACAUUGAGAGCGGAUUAUACAGCGGAUAUGGUAGACCAGGAGCAACUUCCACUUUGGACAGACACUUCACGAGGUCGCAACAACCUAGUAUUCCUGCGAGGUCUUUAUCAACGCAACAUAUCACAUCAUCAGCCUUAGGUAAUUCAAGAUCUCCCUCGAUGCGCCGCAUGCGACAGCUCCUCGACCUGGAUUCCGUGCGAGCCGGCGCCCCUAGUCCCGUACCGACCCCUAGUGGCACCUUACCGCGGGGUCAGAGGCAGAUCGACAUCAAUCCAGCAGAGUUCCUCAAGUACAAGCUGGAUAAGCCGGGAAUGGUGACAGGACCCUCGAUGACAGGGUUGUCACAAAUGAGCUCGGGUCCUGGCGCUAUGACAUCGGAUGAACCUGUGAGCGGGAUGUUAUGGGUACAUCUGCUAGCGGGAAGAGGAUUGCGACCAUCUACUGGUACUUCUGCUGCUACGACACCCGUAACACCGAGUGGUGCAUCACCAAGCAUAACAGGUUCUACUGGCGUCAGAGAUCUCUACUGUGUCUUGGAAUGCGACAGAGUCCACAAAGCUCGUACAGUGGUCAGGACGGGUGAUUUAGUGUUCGACUGGGACGAGAGCUUCGAGCUCGACUUGGUCAACAACAGAGAAUUGGACCUGCUAAUUUACUCUUGGGAUCCACAAUACAGACAUAAACUGUGCUACAAGGGGUCAGUUUAUUUGCCCACUCUGCUCAAGUCCGGUCCUUUACACCAGUUGGCUCUCAAAAUUGAGCCCAGAGGCACACUUUAUUUGAGACUGAGACACACAGAUUCUCAAACUCUCUACAGAAGAAGAAUACUUUCCACUCUAACGUUGUCUAGAACAACGCCGCUUUUUGGUGUUGAUCUAGAGACUGUGGUAAAUCGAGAAUGUAAGACUGGUGGAGUCCCUGGUGGAGUAGCAACAGGUUUAGUUACUAGUCCUCAACACAGUAUACCUAUCAUCAUCAAAAGAUGCGUGGAAGAAGUUGAAAGAAGAGGUCUGGACAUAAUAGGACUUUAUCGAUUAUGCGGCUCAGCAACGAAAAAACGCAUUUUGAGAGAAGCCUUCGAACGGAACAGCCGCUCCGUUGACCUGAGCCCCGACAACGUCCCUGACAUCAACGUCAUCACUGGGGUUCUCAAGGACUAUCUGCGCGAGCUGCCGGAGCCACUCUUCACCAAAUGCCUCUACCAGAUGAUGGUCGACGCUCUGGGCGUGUGUCUCCCCGACGAUCCGGAGGGAAAUGCGAAGCUGAUGUUCUCCAUAUUGGACUGUUUGCCCAGAAUCAACAGGGCCACCCUCAUAUUCCUCAUGGACCACCUGGCCCUCGUCGUCUCGGCCUCGGACAGAAACAAGAUGUCCGCCCAGAACCUCGCUACCGCUCUCGCGCCUCCCCUGAUGCUGCAGACCAUCGACUCGAUCACCCCCACCACCACAAAGUCGCACCACGACGUCGACUACCAGCAGCCGAUCAGCGUGCUGAAGUACCUGCUGCAAAUCUGGCCCACGCCCAAGCACCAUCACUCAGGUCGGCGCGGCAGGCCAGCAGCACCCGCGCCGCGUGGAGACAGUCGCAGUGCGUCAGCUCAGGCGGCUCAGGGCCCGCAUCAGGGUGCGUCUCAGGGGCAGCCGCGCGAGCCGUCUCGGCUCUCAGCGGCUCCGUUUCCUCCUCCUCCUCGCUCAGCAGCCUCGGGCCCGCGAGGCCCACAGCCACCGGUCCCAUCACACCAGAUACUAGGCCCAUCAUCAGCAAGCAAAGGUCCCUACCGUCCACUGUCCCCUCGGGUAGGGCCGGCGGCGGCAUCCUCGUCGUCGGCGGCAGGAGUUCUUCGGCCGCGCCAGGUGAUAGUGUCUUCGCCAGGCUCGCCAAGCAGCAGUAGCGACAGCCACUCGGGCUCGGAGUCCGUCAAACACUGCCUGCCCGGCCGCGUUAGUUCUCCCGCCAUCCGCCCUUCCCCCUCCACACAGACGAUGCUCAGGGCCUCACCCUCCACGCAGACGAUGCUCAGGGCGUCCCCCUCGGCAGCGAUUGGCUCGCCGGGCAUUCGCCAGCCCCCCUCCAUCGCUAGCGGCGCGGCGUCUGUGGCUUCUCCGGGUCCCAGGAGCUCGCCGAGUAUCACGAGCCUGAGUAGGGCAUCGCCUUCGAUUCUUGGGCAGGUGUCUCGGUCUAGCUCGCCGGCCAUGCAGGGUAGUUCUGCGGGGCUGAACGUCACUCUGGGCAGCACCACACCUUCAUUCUCGAGCAUGUCUAGCACUUCAUCAGGUUACGGUUGGAACUUUUCUCAAACUUCUACCUACACACAGCCAUUGACUUACGCUAGUACUAACCCGUUUCUGACCGAAGCCUACAUGAACUUUAACCCCGGGGAUUCCAACUAUACUGAUAAAUAUGGCACCAUAGGGUCAACCAAGGAUGUUAAGUCUUUCUUCGAGUCUUAUGCCAGUGAUAUACCUAAAUACGCUACGCUGAACACCAAAACUAGUUCUUACGAUCCAGAUUCGAUUUAUGCCUCUUCGGAAAGUAAGUCUAACGGAAUAGGGAGUCGCUAUUCGGAUAAAUCUAGCUACCUGAGUAAUACUUACUCAACAGAGAUGAAGUAUAGUCAUAAUAAGAACUACGAGACGAGUAAUCAUUCUAGUCAAUCGGGUGGUUCGGGAUUGCUGAAUGUAGAGGAGACUCCUACCCCUACUAGCAGUAUUGAAACUGAGGAUAGUAAUACGAGGGAGGUAGGAGAAAAAGAUGUGGAGGGUGAUGGAGAACAAAGCGACUGAAUUCAUGCGGUAUGGGCCCAAUCAUUUUGCUAUUGUGGCAGCACAACUAAAAGACAAAACUUAGGAUAACGAAAUUUUUAUGCUAUCUCAUCCGAUGUCGAUGUAUGUACCAUUUUCGAGCUGUAUCACCAUCACUGAUUUAUAAAUACAAGAACUCUUGAAUUUAAUGUAUUCGCUUACUAGAAUCAAACUAAACAAUAGAAUCGUUGUUAACUAAUAUUUAAAUUGUCUAAUUUCAGUUGGUAGUUAAAUGAAUAUUUAUUGAAGAGGUAGACUAAUAUCCAAGUGGAUUAGAGAAUAAUUGUUGCGUGUUUUGCACAAUCCGAUUGACUUAUUAUUUUCUGGAGGGUGAUAUAUUCACUAGAUGUUUAAAACUGUAUAACCCCAUUCAUCCCAUACCCAACAUGCCAAAUGAACUCUACAGUUGUAAUAUACAGGGUUGAAUUAUUUUUUAUAAUUUACAACAUAUCUUGAUUCCAAAUAUCCAAAUAAUAAAUACGUGGUAUCUUAUCAAAUGAAAUAUUUUUUUGGUGUUUUACAAAGACUUUACUUGGUUCUAAGUCUAGGGCUUUUACUGUAUAGCUUAACGUUGUUUGAAUUCCUUCCAUUUCUUUCAUAUCCUCUUAUUUGGGAUUUCAAUUAUAUACUAUGAUGUUGGUAACAAUAAAAUUCAUAACAAAACAUGACGAAGAGUGGAAGACAGCUGUCUAGUA